AUGCGUUCCGACGGCCGCCAGCCGCUCGAGGCGCGCGAAUUUGAUAUAGAAACAAAUAUCUUGGUGCAGUGCUGGGGCUCGGCCCGUUGCGUUGUCGGCGGCGGGUUGGGCGGCGGCACCGAGUGCCUCGCGGCCGUCACAGCUCAAAUCGGCGAGGGCACGGCUUGUGGGGUCGAGGUCGAGUGCUCGCCGUCGCUCUGGGCGGCCGGCGACGACCGAGCCAAACUCGCGCUGCAGGAACGGCUCGCGCGCGAGGCCGACGCCUGGUUAACACCAUGGCGCGCGGCGAUCCCCAAGAUCGGCGAGAAGCUCGGCUGGCACCUUGUGAUUGAUUGCAUCAUCCUAAGCGACGACGGCGGGCUGCGCGAGGCGCUGUCUUGUGCUAUCAGAGCGGCGCUCGCCUCCACCAAACUGCCCGCGGCCGAGGAGGCCCUGGAGGCGUCGGACGAGACGACGGAGGCGCUCCCCUUCUCAUUAUUACCCGCCGAGACGCCGCCGACCACUUUAUCUGUGGAUGAGUGUCCUGUUGUGGUGACGCUGGCGGUGGUCGGCGGAACGUUGCUCGCGGACACGACGGCGGACGAGCCCGCUGACGCCAUGGUGGCGGUCGCCGUCGCGGCGGGCGGCGCCGUCGUCGGCGUCGACGUGCUCUGCGGCGCGGUCCCGCCGGCCUUGCUCCGCGAGGCCGUCGCCGCGGCGCCGGCGUUGGCCGCGCCGCUGCUGGGAGCUUCAUCCUUGGCGCCUGCGCCGAGGUGA